UUUAAGGUCUCAAUCUAAACGAUUUGGCGACACGGUGAGGGCAACAUGUAUCUUCAAACGUUCAUACCGCUGUUUUUAGCUGUUCACAUUCCUGUCGAGAAUGGCGUGUGGGAAUAUGGGCCCGAGUACGUAUUCAGCGUUAACAUGUACAUGGGAAGGCCGUUACUGUGUGUCGAUUGUUGCAUAUUUGGCACAAGAAUUUUCUUUCGCUUGUACUGCCUUCCCAAGAUGACCGACAGUUCAAGAUUUUGGGGAAGAAAGACAGCUCUAAGCUGCCGUCUGCGAUAUGUCAACGGCUUCAUACUUAGCAUGAACGACGAGGACAACAAAAUCCUACAUAGGCAAAAGAACAUCAGCGAUGCGCCCUUCGAGCUGCAUUAUAACGAGAAGGGCAUUGAGAAGAUAAUCAUCUCUCAAACAACGAACAUGUACGAUCUCAAUAUUCUGAGAGUGGUAGUGGCCGAGCAGUUGCAUCCCGGCGCGACCUUCAAGGAUCUCGAUCACGACAUAAACAAUGUGUUGUCAAAACAAUAUAAGUUCGAGGAUACGUCUGUGUCUACUGUCGGCAGGUGUAACGUCAACUUCGACAUUAGACGUCGAAUUGUACUGAACGAAAGUUUGAGCAGUUAUCACAACUUUCGACUGGUACCUCUUUCGCCAAAACUGCGUAUUAAUUCCGACGAGAUAAUAGUCAUUAAGAAAACUCCAGAUCUCGACAAUUGUAGUUGCUACGCCGAAUCCUACUACGGCAAAUACAAAUACAACAAAUACUCGCCCAAGGUCGACAACGACUAUUUGCGACAACUACCACACUUGGAAAAAACUAUCAGCACCAUGCAAAUCGAGAAGAAAAAUUUCGUUUCGAGCACGGUGAGAGAAGGAAGAUUGUUCUCAAAUGAGAGUAUAAUAACAAUCACAGAUGUAAUCUUGGAAGAUAUUCGACCCGCACAGAAAGAAGCGCCCACAAUUACGAAACCUGGCGAAACAACAAUACAGGCUAAUGACGAUAUAAGAAGCAUUUCUACGUAACAGCAAUAUUAUUAUGUGUAACAUUGUGUUAUUUAUGAUGUCAUGAAUAUUAUAAAGUUAAUUCUCUCUCUUCUCUUUCA